UUUCGAAUGAUAGAAUGAAAAUUUAAAACAUUGAGAGACAUUUCGAUUUGAUUUUACCUGAAUUUGAAUGACUAUGCCAUAAUUAGACAGGUUCUUCAUCCUUUUCCAUGGCUGUUGUUGCUGCUGUCAUUAUUUUGACAUUGAAAACAAAAAAAAAUAAGUCAUUGAAAUUAGCAAAUUUCGAACAAUUUCAAAUAAUUUAAUUUGAGUAAUAGGUGGAAUUUUUUUUUUAGUUGUUGCUUCCAUGAACAUAAAAUGGAUCGAAUUUUUUUUUUCGUCAAGAAAAAAAAACGUGUUGAAUUUUUGUCAUGGCAACAUUCGGAACGACAAUGUUCAAAUCAAUAAUCGACGAUGAUGUCGCUGAUAAAGAAGAUGAAGAUGAUAUUGAUAUGAAAAGUAUUGGAAAUAUUAUACGAAAAAUGAUAAGAGAUUGGCGUAUUCCCGAUAAUGCGGAAAUUUUAUCAGAAGAAACAUUUUUCGAACAACAACAUCAACAACAACAACAACAACAGCAGGCAACUAUUUCGAUCGAUUUAUUAUAUCGAAUGAUUCGAAAUGAUAUUGAUGAUCAAAAUAGAAAACAUUCAAAAAAUGAUCAAGAAGCUAAUCGAUUUUUACAAAUGGGACAAUAUUUCAUUCGACAAGGCAGAUUAUCGGAACUGAAUUUAGCCAUUAAUUGUUUUUCAAGAGCCAUACUUACAGCUGCAAAUGAUCGUCUAUUAUUUGAAUCAUAUCAUCAUCGUGCAUUGGCAUUUCUUUCGAAAAGAUUAUUUUAUUAUUCAUUUUUUGAUUCAAAUUAUUAUCUAGAAAAUGUUAUUGAAGAUAGUGAUAAUCAUCGUACCAUAAGUGAAUGUUAUAUUGAAUCAUGUAUAGAGAUAGUUGAUUCAAAUUUAAAUAAAACUACCUGUUUUGGACGUUCUGAUUCACGUAUACAACGAUGGAUGCGUAUAGCAGCAGAAUUUUUGGACCGUGCACGAAUUGAAUUGGCCAUUCAGAUGCUUUCAACGACAACAACGAAAACGAAACCAUCCGAUCGUCUGAUACAAUGGAUGUAUAAAUUGGAUUCAUUAGAAACGAAAAUUGAUCUAUCGCCAACAAUGGCUGCAAAUAAAUUUCAAUAUUAUCCAUAUAAACAUAGCAAUAUGGAACAAGUGAUGGAUUUGAGUCAAAAUUGCUAUAAAGAUAAUACGGUUCAACCACGUGGCCACGAUAUCUUGUAUGAAAAACCAAUAUCAAUGUUGACCACAAAACCACUUCGUUAUUGUGGUUGGUGUGCCAAUUGGAUUGGCUAUAAAUUCAUUCCAUGCGUUGGUUGUGAUCAAAUUAUUUAUUGUAAUAAUUAUUGUCGCCGUUUGGAUGAAGAAUUUGGUGGCCAUUUGAAAAUUUGUCGCUAUCAUUAUCGUGUUGCUGAAUUAUUGGGUAUUGAAUGUUAUCUGAUUUAUGCUGAAGCAGCUAAAACGAAAAAAAUUAUUAUUCCAUCACCAUCACCAUCAAAUGAACAUCGACAACAACAACAACAACAACAACCAUUUAAAAUGGCUAUAGAUAAUGAAAAUCAAAUACGUUUUCGUUCAAUCAUAUUAUCGUAUAUAAUACAGCAGAAAAUUUUUCGCGGUACAUUACAACCAAAUGUUCAUUAUUAUCGUGAAAUAUUAACCGAUUUACGUAAUCGUUAUCGAUCACCAUUUUUAGCUGAACGUAUUGCAGAAAAAUUUACCAUCAAUAAUGAUGGUACAACAUGUGUACAGAAAAAAUCCGAUAUCUAUGGCCAUGGUAUAAUUGAAUAUUUACUCGAAUGUUGUGCAACAACAUCACCAACAACCAAUGUUGUACCAUUCAAAAAAUCAUUAGCUAUGAAUAAUACGGAUGAUAGUGAUAAACAACAACAACAACAACAGCAGCAGCAACAACAAUUGGAACAAUCUCGACAACGAGUAGGUAAUAUUGGUAGAUAUUUUAAAUCCGGUAAAAUUAUCUAUAAAGCAUUUGUUGAUUUUGAUCAACGUAUACAAUUUCAUCCACGACUUAUUAUACAGCUAUGA